CGCACCAACGCCGAGUCAAUGACGGCGGCCUCGUAGUCGCUCUCUCUCAGUCGCCGCAUCUGUGCGUGUGUGUCGUCGUCGUCGUCUCUUCUCUCCCUUCGAGUUAUUUUCUGACGGCCCUGUUCCGCGGGGCACAAGGAAAUUUUUAGCCUAUUUUACCUCUCUCCGACUACUGAACACCGUAAUACAGACACACACACACCACACCACACAUACACUCACACACGUACGCGCUCACUCACUCACUCACAAACUCGUUCGCUCACUCAGUCACACACACAUACGUUCCACUCGCCGCUGUACACACUGUACGGGCAGUCGUACGUUCCAUACACACACUGUCCCACACACAUACACUCACUCACUAACACACAUUCACUCACACACGGUCCGCCGAAUAAUAUCGCCUUUUUAAUUCCGCGCGCGCGGGCGUCCGUAGUCCGUACGGUUUUUCAUACGCAUACACGCGCACCGAACACACAAACACACACACCGACACCAACACACUAGUCGUCGUGAGUUGUGCGUGUGACUGAGUAAAAAUUAAUUUUUUUUUUUAUACAUAGGUAUUAUACUUAAUUUGUGUUCUCGUGUGGCCGUGUGGGUGUCGCGGUUUUUUACGUUAUAAUAUUUUCGGGUCUACGUUCGGCGACGGUGACGGUGACGAAGACCUUCAGACCGUCGAUCACGGCUACGGCUACGGCGAUCACGACGGCGGCGGCGGCGGUGGUGGCGGCGGCGGCGACGACGACGACCAAGAGCGCGACGGUGGCGGUGGCUGCGACGACUAGACGGCCAGUGCGAUCGUUUUAGAGUGAUUUGCUGAGAAAUUCGGCCGACCCAAACCCGGGAAAACUUAUCCGGAAUUAUGUGCUGGAAUUCGCUCAGCGUCGUUGUGUACAGCGUCGUUUUCUGCGCCCUGUUGGAUUUCGGGCCCUCCAGGGUCUUGGCUGAUGAGCCCAGUUACGAGGGUAAUACAACAGUGAGGGAUGGCGACCCAUUUAAGAUAACAUGUCGUGUGUCAAUGUUCCAAGUCAUAAAAUGGCAAAAAGAUGGUCACACCCUGGUUACUGGUGAACACUACAAUAUCAGCGAGGCAGUAACUAAUGACAAUAUGUUUGUAUCCACAAUUACGGCCAAUUCUGCAUCCUCGAUGCAUUCGGGUGCCUAUCGAUGCACAACACAGUACAACAAGUUUCAUGUACUAUAUGUGGUUACCGCUCAAGCAACUAUAAAAGCAAACUAUGACUACGGCGAUAAUCAUAAAAUAGGUGAAUAUAAAAGCAAACUAACACUUAUUUGUAAUAUUGAUGGCACUCAAGAUCCAGAGUACAUAUGGAAAUGGUUUAAAGGUGACAAUCAAAUAACAACUGACUCUGAAGACCCACACCACGUUGAUGUGUCUGGAAACACUCUGGUAGUUAAUCGUUUUGUUGAAAACGAUGCUGGUCAGUAUACAUGCAGCUUAUUCUCUUCCAAAAAUAGUCCAAUUGACAAGAAGGUGUUCAACGUUGUCUUAAAGCCUUACAUGAAACUGCCAAAAACAGCUACAUUUAUCGAGGGUGAAAAAAUGGAAUUGGAAUGCAUUGUAUAUGGUGUACCUACACCAGAAGUUAGUUGGAAAUUUGAAAAUACCACUCUUGUGCCUUCUGAACAUAUUAAAUUUUUACCUAACAAAAAGAAUAUUACCAAUGCCAUCUUAGUUUUGGAUCCGAUCACAAUGAAAGAUAGAGGAAAUUUCAUCUGCAGUGGAAAGAAUAGUGUUGUCUAUGAGCCUGUACACUCUGGUGCUUCCUAUGUGCGCAUUAAAGACAAAAUGGCGGCAUUGUGGCCGUUCUUGGGUAUUUGUGCUGAAGUGAUUGUUCUGUGUUUGGUUAUAUUUAUAUAUGAGAAGAAACGUAACAAGGCCGAAUUUGAGGAAAGUGACACCGACCAAGGGCCAGAGACGUAAAAACAAUGCUAACGACCACAGCGGUGGUGAUGUACGACACCGGAAAUAAUUUGACAGUUAAAUGAAUAAUAACACAUUUUAAACAAAGGUCAUAAGUAAGGAAUAAAAGUUUUAGAUACAGAUGCAUUAGGUUUGCCAGACCAAUUUUUAUUUAUGUUUUUAGUAAAAAAUUUAUCAUAGUUGUUAACAAAUAACUAAAUGAAAACAGCUAUUUGUUGUUUUGGUCCAGCUGAAACAAUGUUAUACUUACUGCUUAUUGUAUUUUUUACUCCAUAAAAAAUGAAAUUGAAUGUUUCCCACACGUAAAUGGGAAUAAUUCAAGUUCAAUAAUGGAUACUAGCUGUAUUGUAUAAACAAAUUUAGGCUCAUUGUGCAAAUCGUUUGUUCUCCGUAUUUUGUUGUGUUAUUAUUAUUAAUAUUAUUUUAUUUUUUAUUAUUUUUUUUACCAAAGUUGAUGUGUGUUUUUAUUUUUUAAUAAAAUACAGUAAUCGCCCCCUCCCUGCCUGUUAACCUCAAUGAUUUGUUAAAAUUUCAAUGUUAUCAUGCCUAACUUAUCCAAAUCUUAAGUUUACUGCGCUUUAACAAGCCUGAAAAUAUUGCAUUUAAUGCUCAAUAAAUGUUUAUUCCUUCAGUUCGUAAUAAUAUUAAAUUUAUCCUAUCGUUUAACUAAAAGUAAACUACUUUAAUUCUGGUCAUAGAUUUAUUUUAUAGGUAGCUUAUAAUAAAAGUGUUGUUAAAAAAAAAAAAAUUAAUGUGAGUUACUUAUUCGUAGGUUAGUGUUAUGAUAGAGUAUUACACGCUGAUUUUAUUUCUAACAAUUUCACUUUUUCGUCUAAUUUAAUAAUAAUUACUUCCUCUGUCCCCAGCAAUAUAUAUUUAUUAUUAUUCUACUUAUAAGUGGUUUAUUUUAUUUAUAACUAGUAUAUUAAGGGUGCUUAUCAAAUUUGAAAGUUGCCCAGUUGGAAAUUUAUUUUUAGCAAUAAGCAUAAAUUAAGUUUAAAUCGUAUAUGAUCGUAUAAAAUUAUGUUUAUUAUUAUGUAAUAUAUAUAUAAUGUCACUGCUUGUUGUUAAAUUGUUGUAAUGAAAUUUAAAAAACUUUCUUCAAAACAUAACUAAUUUAAGCCUAUUAACGUAGUGACAUUACAAUCAAUUUUUUGACACCAGAAAGAGAGAUAUGAAACGUUAAUAUUUUAUUUCCUAUAUAUUGGUGUGAACCAUCUUAUUUGUUACUCGUAAGACCUUUUUAUUAUUUAUUCAGUGUUAUAUUUGUAGAAUUUGUUAAAAUUAAAAAAAAAUAUUGUUAGCAUUAAAUCAUUAAUUUCAUAGUUAUUACAAGUUAUUAUUUCUCCACCCGUCCACACCUUCUUGUAUUUUAGGAAUAUUUCACUAAUGACGCCGUUUAAUAAAUGCUUUUUUUAAUUAUACAAUUCAGACAACUUAUUACGUGGUAGAAUUCAAUUUAAAAAUUAUCCUUGGAGGGGGUUGUUGUUAAAUAAAUUUAAACUACACCUUCUUUAAUUUCUAUCUUGUAUGUACAAACUCGUUUCUGAUCAAAAAUUAAACACUGCCAACGGCUUUAAUUUUCAGAACCAACAAUUCUCAUGUAUGACAAAUUUUUUUCUUUGUAAUUUUAAGAUAAUGUUAAAUAUUAUUAUUAUUAUAUAGUAUAUAAUAUAAUAACAUAAUAUGAUUUUUUUUUUGAAAAAUAUAAUAUAAUAUUCAUUAAUAAUUCUACCACUAUAGCAAAUUCACUAUUAAAAUAAAUAAAAUAGUUGGCUUUAGCGGCUCAAAAUAAUCGUACAAAUUGUAAUUUCAAUAAGUAUUAAGACAUUCUGGGUAAAUAGUUUCUUUAAAUGUAAACAAAUGUGUAAAAAUGUAAAAAAUGUAAAUUAGUUUAUUUGGCGGUAAUAUUAAUAAUUGAUGGCUAAUGCCCUAGUGCCCUUAUCCUGAGGAAUUUGUUAAAAAAUUUCAGGGUGUGGUCUGCGAGCUGAAACGUCAAUAUUAUCGUUUCUGUUCGUGUGCCACUAGAGUGCACUGCCUAUUAUUAAUUUUUUUCCGAGAUAUAAUAUUUGGACAAAUACGGACUGAGUUCAGUGGUGCGAAAUCAAUGAUUUAAACACGUGAAUAUGUUAGAAACGUGUUUACCCAAUAUGUCCUUGAGCCUUAAUGUUUCUAUUGUCAUUUUUACUUAAAAAAAAAUAGAAAUAUAGUAAGUACAGUUGUUGUUA